GACAAAAAGUGGCUGAUGGUAUCCCAGGAUAAACAAGCACAAGUAACCCAACCAAUUCCUACUGUUGUCACCAAGAGGAAUGGUAACGAAUAUCGUGAACCUGACAAGAGUACACCCGAGUUCUACAUCAAACAAUUCCUGGAACCAGAUAUGACAGGUGUAACUCCACGACUUGUGGCGCAUCUGGCGGUUAGCUUACGGACUAUGCCCCUAAGCUGGGUGCGUCAAUUUAUCGAGUCUCGAGGCCUGCAAGUAAUUACCAAUGUAAUUGGCAUCCUAAACAAAAGAGAGCAAAAAACAGAGGCUGAUUUACAGAUGGAGGCCGAAAUCUUAAAGUGCUUUAAAUCUUUAAUUAACAACAGAUGGGGUGCACGCGAAGUUAUUUCGAACCCUCAAUGUAUCUACCAUAUCUUGCUUUCAUUAGUUUCACCUCCUAUACAAACACGAAAACUAGUUUGUGAAAUCUUAGCCUUUGUCUGCCAUGUGGAUCUACCCAAGGGUCAGGAUAUUGUAUUGAAGGGCAUGGAUAAAUUGAGAGAAUACAGAAGAGAAUAUGGUCGUUUUGACGCUUGGCUUAAAUUACUGGAUGCUACACUGGAAGGUCGUGGAAGAAUGGGCAGUUUGGUGGGUGCAAGCGAGGAUGUUAAGCGAUUGGGACCUCAGGGUGCACCGGAUAACCACUUGAGUGAUUACGCA